AUGGGGAAGAAUAGUGGCGAGGAGCAGAAUCUACCUUCACGGAGCGACGGAGGAGGGGAUACGGUUAGGAAUAACAACGAAGGAUGCUCUGCUCGGAUCUGUAGAUGUUUUAGUAUCAGAUGCGUUUUGAUUCUCGCUUUCUCCGCUGCUUUGUUUUUAUCUGCCGUGUUUUGGUUGCCUCCGUUUCUCGGAUUAUCGGAUCCUCAAGAUCUAGAUCUCGAUCCGAGGUUUAAAGAUCACAGGAUAGUGGCGAGUUUUGAUGUUGAGAAACCAGUUCCCUUCUUGAAGGACAAUUUGUUGCAGCUUGAGAAUGAUAUCACCGAUGAAAUAAGCGUUCCCAUGAUCAAAGUAAACCACUCGUUAUCUAACUUUCAUGGAUUAUAUUGUAUACACCCGUUGAUCAUUCUGGUUCUUUUCUUGAGCCAGGUUGUGGUAUUAGCGCUUGAACGCUUGAAAAAUCUGAACCGAACAAUGGUUAUUUUUGCAAUCGACCCCGAGAAGAAGAACUCUAAGAUACCUUCCGAAAUCGAGAGUCUGAUCAAGGCUGCUUUUGUAACUCUGGUCGAAAAGCAGAUGUCUUUCCGCUUGACUGAGUCCUUGUUCGGGCAACCUUUCCUUUUUGAAGUGCUGAAAUUCCCAGGAGGAAUCACUGUGAUCCCUUCCCAUCCUGUAUUCCCUUUGCAGAACGCGCAGCUUCUCUUCAACUUCACAUUGAACUUUUCUAUUUAUCAAAUUCAAGCUAACUUCGAGGAACUCACUAGCCAGCUUAAGAAGGGUAUAAACCUGGCUCCCUAUGAGAACUUGUACAUAACCUUGUCAAAUUCCAGAGGCUCAACCGUUGCGCCUCCUACUAUAGUUCAUUCUUCUGUUCUGCUCACAUUCGGUAUCUCAUCAAGGUUGAAGCAGCUUUCUCAAACUAUCACUGGCUCCCGUUCCAAAAACCUCGGCCUAAACCACACCGUAUUUGGUAAAGUUAAGCAAGUUCGUCUUUCCUCAGUCUUGCCACAUUCACCAGUCCAAUCGCUACCCCCUUCACCUUCCCCUUCUCCUCAACCUGAAACCCAUCAUCAUCAUCAUCACCAUCGUCAUCAUCACCACCAUCAUGAACUCGCUCCAGAACCUUCACCUGCAGCUAAGAGCUUCGCACCAGCAUCUGCGCCAACAAAACACUUACAUUUACACCGGAGAAGCCCACCUCCUUGUCCUUACGAGCAGAGGAGACCAAAAGGAAACAAUGCUCUGAACCAUCACACUGCAGCACCAACUCCUGCACCACACCGGUCUAAGCAACACACACCGGCACCAAACCGGUCUAAGCAACACGCAUCAGCACCAAACCCUACCCCGCCAAGUCAUCAUCAUCAUGCUAUUCCAGUAUCUAGCCCACUUCCACACGUCGUGUUUGCUCAUAUUCCACCUCCAGCGAGAAACACUCCAGAAUCAGGACCAGUCAGUGAAAAAACUCCGGCACCUUCUCCCACUCCAUCUUCAGCGAGCAUGGGUCCAACCUUCAAAAGGGCAUCAACGAAGCUGCUUGUAAUAGUAGCCGUUUGUCGGUUCUCUGACGCUCUCUUUGUUCAAUCUUUCUUCGUUCUUUCCCUGAAUGCCUUCACCUGUAUUCAGGAAACUUGCGGCGAUUUACAAUUAAAGGAGCGAGGGAUUAUUAAGAGUGCCAUAAUUAAUCUGAGAAACACUGGCAUGAACUGUAUGGCCUUGGCUCUAGACCCAUUAACCGACCGGUUCACACAUUUAAACCGAUCUUCACAAAGAUGCAGACUCCAAUCUCUAACCAACCUAGACUUCAACUUUUUAAACUUCAACACCAAACCAACAACUCUCACCUCUUCACACUCCUUCAACCAUAGAAGCGUCUCCUCUCCAUGCUUCUCCAUCACCUCCAAAAAUCAAGACGCUUCUCCAAAAAUAGAGAUCAUUGGUGGUCAAAGAGUCCCAACCAUACGUUCCCUUGUAGCUGAAGUAACCAUAGCUAUGGCUUCAGGAGCUCAGCCUCUGCUUUUACCAAGUGGCUUAGGAGGUGCUUAUCUUUUGCAAACCGGACAAGGUCAUAGUAUUGCUGUUGCAAAGCCUGUUGAUGAGGAGCCUUUAGCUUUCAACAACCCUAAAGGCUCUGGUGGUGGUUUGAUGCUAGGACAACCCGGUUUAAAACGGUCUAUCCGGGUUGGUGAAUCCGGAAUCCGAGAAGUAGCUGCUUACCUCUUAGACCACCAAGGCUUCUCCAGCGUUCCACCAACAGCAUUGGUCAGAAUCUCACAUGUUCCCUUCCAUGGCAAUGAAGCUGCUGAUAAGGUAGCUUCUUUGCAACGGUAUGUAGGUCAUGAUUUUGAUGCAGGAGAGCUUGGACCAGGGAGCUUCACUGUUGGGUCUGUCCAUAGGAUUGGGAUACUUGAUGUGAGAGUCUUGAACUUAGACAGACAUGCUGGAAACAUGUUGGUGAAGAAGGUACAUGACCAAGAUGGAGUUGGAGCUGGUGAGCUAGUGCCUAUAGAUCAUGGUCUUUGCUUACCUGAAUGUCUUGAUGAUCCUUACUUUGAAUGGCUUAACUGGCCUCAAGCUUCUGUUCCAUUCACUGAUGCUGAGCUUCAGUAUAUAUCGAAUCUUGACCCUUUCAAAGAUGCAGAGCUUUUGAGAACUGAGUUAGGGUCUAUACAGGAGUCUUCUAUCAGAGUUCUUAUUGUUUGUACUAUGUUCUUGAAACAAGCAGCUGCUUCAGGGCUGUGUCUUGCAGAGAUUGGUGAGAAGAUGACUAGAGACAUCUGCAGAGGUGAAGAGAGUUCUAGUUUCUUGGAGAUUCUCUGCACUAAAGCAAAAGAAAAUGUGGUUGGUGGAAGUUAUCAAGAAGAAGAUGGUGAUGAUGAUUAUAGUAGUGAGUGGGAUGAAGUAGAGGCUGAGAUAGAGUGCUGUAUUUUUAACUUUGAUGAUGAGUUUGAAGAUAAAAAAUGCAAAGAGAUGAGUCAAGUGUCUCCAAGAGCACCAUCCUUCUCAGCUAAUCUAUCUGCUCUCAUGAUGAGUUCUUGGAUUAGUACUCAUGAUAGGAGUCUAGUGAGGAGCAAGAGCCAUCCUGUUUGUGUGAAUCAAGAUGACACAGAAGGUGUUUAUUUUGGGGACAUGAGUGCAGAGGAAUGGGAGAUGUUUCUGCAGAUGUUCCAGGUGCUUUUGCCAGAAGCACUUGAAGGGUCAACAAGCAAGGGACCAAAGCCAAGAUUUGGAUCUUCCUGCAAAUUCUGA